CGUUAUAAAGAAACUGAAAAUAAAAAGAGAAAUGAUAACGAAGGAGAAGUCCAGCAAUUAACCAGUCAACAAGCAAAUAAAAAGGUUAAAACGAAACUGUUAAAAAGGAAGUCACCUUUAGUGCCACCUAUAAAUGGUAUGGUUGAUCCUUAUAUACUACAAAGAUUUUUUGAUCAACCUGCGAAUAUUAUGAAUGGCCAACUAAUUGCGAUGAAUCUAAAAUUCGGGCAAGCU